AUGCAGAGGUUGCUCCUUCCUACCCUGGGUCUUGUCUCCCUGCUCUCCGUGUUUGUCUUCUAUCGCGCCGGCCUCGACAUCAGCACGUCGCUCUCCCCGCAAGGAUGUCGCAUGUCCUGGAUGUCGCCCUCCUACGUCCUGCAGUCUGGGCUCAACCGCACAUGGACGCCCCUUGCGUCCCGCUACUCCCUGUAUCUAUAUCGAGAGGUAGGCUGGGACCCCGUGCACGAGCUGCACGGCGCGCCCGUGCUGUUCAUCCCCGGAAACGCAGGGUCCUCGCACCAGGUCCGCUCGAUCGCCUCUUCGGCCGCCCGCCAGUACUUCUCCUCUCCGUACCAUGUGGCAGAGGAGUUCGCGCAGGGACGCCACAGCGCUCUCGAUUUCUUUGCUCUCGAGUUCAAUGAAGACCUCUCUGCCUUUCACGGCCCCACGCUCGACGCCGAGACCAGCUAUGCCCGCGCAGCCAUAGAAUACAUCUUCUCCCUCUACCCCGAACAGCGCUCGAUGACUAUCUUGGCGCACUCGAUGGGGGGCGUCGUCGCGACCGCCCUGCUCGCCCACCCCAAUGUGACCGCCUUGGUCACCAUGUCAACACCGCACACGCUCCCGCCCGCGCGGCUGGAUCGGCGCAUAGACAAGAUCUACCGCUCCAACCAACAGGUCCUCCAGUCCGAUCCCACACCCAUUCUGUCGCUGUGUGGCGGCGCGACGGAUCUGCAGGUCCCCGCGGAGUCGUGUGUCCUGGACGACCGCCGCUUGGAGCUCGGCGACGGUUCGCCGUAUCGGCGCACGGUAUUCACGAGCGCACUUGAGGGCGCGUGGUCCGGCGUCGGGCAUCGCGAGAUGGUGUGGUGCCAUCAGGUGCGCUGGCGCAUAGCACGGGCUGCGUUGGCGCUGGCAGACGCACCCUCGCGAGCGGAGAGGGAGAGGGCGCUCGACACAUGGCUCCGGGACGGGCAUCUGCUGCCCCCGUCAAGCGGCGCGUUACCGAUGCCUGGCCCUGGCGAGCUGCAUCUGGACGCCCUGGACGAGGCCGACGUCGAGUUCUUGGAGCCUCUCGGCAGCUUUGUGCUCGCGAAGCCGACGCGGCGGCGCACGUACCUCUUGCCCAUCCCGAGCGCGGCCUCGUCCUUCGAUGAGUUCGCCGACUUCGAGAUCGCUGCCUAUGGGUCGGGCCGCCCGGCGCUGACGCUCGGGUUCUAUCUCUGUCUCUCGUCCAGCGCGACCGUGCGUCCGAAGAGCUGCACGCCUUUGGAGCUGACGACAAACAGACGGCUGCCCGCGCCGGUCCCCGGCGCCCCGUUUCCUGUGCCCGACGAGGGUGUGGAUGAAAGCGAAUAUGUCUAUGCGUAUGGCGCCAAGAUCACCGAUGAUGGCGAGACGGCCGUGCGUUAUGUUGCUGUAGACGUCAACCCCUCGCAUGGAGAAGGGUGGGUCACCGGCGGUCUAGUGCCGCUGACACCCGUGGUUGGGGACGUUUGGGGGACUCCCGAGGUCGAGCUGCCAAAGGCUCUGCGCACUGAGAUCUCUUUCCCAGGUCUUCUAUCACACGCCUUGAUCGUUUAUAGAUUGCAGCCCAUAUUGCAGGACGCAUCCUCAUGCUCGGACGCGCUUAUGCCUCCUCUGCUUCAGCAUACUUCUCACCCGUCUGAGGCGCACUAUUUCCCGCUGCUACCUGGCCGACCGAUUCUACUUCAUUCGCAUGCCUCAGGGCCCUUCCUUCCGCAGGUUCGUCGUGGCUUCAACCUCACCAUUCACUCGUCCAACGACCGGGGGUGCGGUGUGAAAGCGAUCAAGAUCAGCGUCGACUGGUGGGCUACGCUCGGCCGUUGGGGUCCACGGUACGCGCAAGCCGCCCUUGCGUGGGGCAUAGGCCUAUGCGGCCUAGCUAUGUACUAUGCAUUGGCGACCGGCGAGCACAUCCCUGAGGCUAUCCCAUCAGUGGAACAGUCGUUGGUGCGGAUUGCCCGGGAUCUCCUGCCGCGACUUCUGGUCCUGUCGUUCUUUGGGUCGUGCUUGCCGUUCCCGUUAACGACGUGGUUGGGCAAUAAGGACGAGUCUGCUUUUGCAAUACUUGCUCCAAUCCUAGGCGUCAUGGUGUUCGGGCUCGUUUAUCUAGUAUGGCUGGUACUCGGUAUGUCUGUGAAUGCAGUGGCGUGGCUGGUAAGGAGAACUGGUGGGGCAAGAAGAGACGACGCCGCGUCGCGAAGAAAUGCGCUGCUAUCCAUGGGCCUCGUCUUCCUACUUAUCUUCGUCUUCGUUCCGUGGCAGGUGGCCUUCCUUAGCGCUUGGAUCUACCAUUUCUACACAUGUGCCGCGUAUUCUGCGUCGUGCGAUCCUUCCGCGCUAUCUGGAAACCGUGCGAUCCCACUGUUGCCUCGCAGACCCGCUCCUCCGCCACCGCCAGCUCGAGAAUCCAAUCUAGACAAAGAACGUACGACAUUGCUGAGCCACCAUUUGCAUGCCCUUCUGCUCAUGACUUGGCUCCUUCCGAUUGCUGCGCCUGUGCUUGCUGUCUGGGUCCGCACAGCCUCGGGCGCAGGUUUCCAAGCUGUGUGGGCUUCUGAGUCGGGAUGGGGUGCAGAUAGAAAUGUACUCUUCGUGGCACCGUGGCUUCUGUUCGUAGAGUGGGCAGGAGCUGGAGGUGGUAUGUUGGGUAAUACGGGAUGGUCAAGGUUCUCACCCGCACUCGCUAUGGGACUCCUCCCACCUAUCGCUGUCUUUUUCGGUUCCCGUGCACCAUAUAUUGCCUUCGAGGUGGCAAGCGGCGUCAUGUUCCUCAUCAUGCUAGGUGGAAUUGGCCCAAGAUACUGGGGUGGCAAGGGAUGGUUCCACAGGUGA